GGAGGACAAGAUAUAAUGUCAAUGAUGGGUCAAUUAAUGAAACCGAAAAAGACCGAAAUUACUGAUAAGCUUCGAAAAGAAAUUAAUAAAGUUGUCAAUAAAUAUAUCGAUCAGGGUAUAGCGGAAUUAGUGCCAGGGGUUUUAUUUAUUGAUGAGGUUCAUUUACUUGACAUCGAAUGCUUCACUUAUUUAAACAAGGCUCUGGAAUCUCCUAUAUCACCAAUAGUUAUAUUUGCAACAAAUCGUGGAAUGUGUCAAGUCAGGGGAACAGAAGAUAUUAUCGCACCUCAUGGUAUCCCUACUGAUUUACUUGAUCGCAUUCUAAUUAUCCGUACGUUACCCUACUCACAGGAGGAUAUAAGGGCGAUUGUUCAGAUACGCGCAAAAACUGAAGGACUUACAUUAACAGAUGAUGUUUUAAAUGAUAUGGCAGCAACAGGAGAAAAAACAUCUUUGCGUUACGUGAUACAACUCCUCACACCUGCAAGUAUACUUGCACGUACACAUGGACGUGAACAAAUCCUCUUGGAGGAUAUUAAAGAAGUGGAUGAAUUAUUUUAUGACGCUAAAGCUUCUGCUCAGAUACUUGCCAAAUAUCAAUCGCUUUCUUCUACUUUCUCCUUUCUAACUUCAAGCGUCUUACCGUUAACAAGUUCCACUUCACCUCCCACUAAUAGCUCUAAUACAUUUCAGCAACAACAGCCUGCAACACCUACACGUGCACGUCGAAGUACGAUAGCUACACAUACUUCAAUUCAUACAGAAAUAGCACCUACUCGAGGUCCUAAUGUUACAGAUGAGUCUAACAAAAUUAAAGAAGUCAAUAAACUUACAGAAGAAAUGUUUGCUAAAGUGGCAAAUUAUUUGAAAACUGAAAUGUUAGCAACCACCGAAGAUUUCAAAUUACUGGAAAACAUGAAUCAUGUUACACGUGAUCGAUAUAAAGAGAUGUCUGGCAUGGCACAAAAUUUAAUGCAAAUUGAUGAAAUUUGCGAGCAAGUUGAUUAUUUAGAAAAAGUGACCAUAGAGUUGGAUGAUUACUCCAAGGAAUUAG